AUGGUUGAUGCAAAUUUUAUUCGUCAAUAUUGUAUGCCUGAUACAGUUAUUAAUUUAACUCAUUUGGAUUUUUAUAUUCGUUCAAAAUGUGAAUCAUCGAUGAAUAACAUUGAAAAAAUAAUUCAUUCAUUUAAAACUCAUCGAUUUUUUAUUGAUCAUGGAUGGACAAAUGUGAAAUGUUCUUUUGAUCCAAUAAUGUCUUAUCAACAUCUAUCUUCAUCUCAUAUAGUUUAUAUACCUCAAUUCUCUAAUAAUUUAACAUGUUGUAAUGAUGUUCUUACUUUUUCAUCUAGCACAUGUGUUUGGAUUAAUUUACAUCCAUCUCUUUAUCUCUUUCUUGAACAAUUUGAUGAACUAUUUCCCAAUGUUUUUUGCAUCAAAAUUUGUACAGGUGAAUAUUUUAUUACAAUUUCCAGUUUUUUUUCUCCAGAAGGGUAA